AAGAGCUCCGAUCGGCCCUUCCGCGGGCCCGGGACCGCCGCUUCUCCUCGCGCGCCGCCGCCGCCGCCCCGGGGCGCACCAUGGCGCGCUGGCUCCGCGAGCGCCUGCUUUUCCGCAGCGCCAAGCCGGCGCCGCCGCAGCCGGAUUACGCGGCGGGCCCGGAGCAGCCCGACCUGCUCGCAGCCUACCGGCUGCAGCGGGAGCGGGACUUCGAAGACCCCUACGCGGGCGGCGCCGCCGCCGCGCCCGCCACCGGCCCCGACGGCCGCCGCUGCCGAUCGCCCCGGAGGCGCCUCAUCCGGGUGGAAGCGGCGCAGGCGCCCGAAACAGCCGCGGCCUCCGGGACCGGCGAUGGCCAGGGCCAGCGAGAAAAGAUGAUGAUUGUGGAGGACUAUGCAGAUCCGUUUGAUACCAGAGAAGAAACUAGUUGUCAAACCGGGGAGCAGGAAAGGGUGAAAAGCGAAGGCUAUAUGGAACCAUAUGAAGCUCAGAAGUUGCUGGCGGAGAUCCAGAAAACCAGCUCCAAUGAUGCCCUAGCUGCUCAAAAACCUCUGCACUUAUAUGACAUUCCCUAUGAAGCACCCGAGAACUCCAUGGACCCUAACCUCCAGCAACCCCCUGGCGUGCAGUGCCGAUACUCAUGGCUGCCGGAAGACGAUGACCGGCCACCAGAGGAAUAUGAUCAGCCCUGGGAGUGGAAAAAGGAGCGUAUCUCCAGGGUAUUUGCAGUUGAAAUUGAAGGAAUUCAGGAGCUGCCAUGGCCCCCGCCCGUUGGGCAGCUAGACAGCUCUGCGAACCACUUGGAUGCUGAGGGACCACCCACUCUUCAGAGCAUCAGUGCCAGAUGCCUGCCGGCCGAUGCUCCACCAAGCCUCCAGGAUACCAGCGCCAGCCUCCAGGACCCUGAAGCUCUGACCAGACCCCUGGAUGUCAGUAGCAAGGAAGCUGUGAAGAACCAGCCUUGCACAGAGAAGAGGGGUAGCGCAUGCUGGCUGAGCAUGGAGCACGGGUUAGCUUUCGGUGAACGCGUCAAUCCCACUUUGCCGCUGGAGAGCCAAGCGUGGUAUCAUGGGACCUUGAGCCGAGUGGGUGCUGAGGGGCUACUGCGACUUUGCAGAGAAGCCAGUUACCUGGUGCGGAACAGCGAGAGCAGCCAUGAUGCCUUCUCCCUCUCCUUGAAGAGCAGCCAAGGCUUCCUUCACAUGAAGCUCUUGCAGACUGAAGACCACAAGUUUGUCCUGGGCCAGCACAGCCCUCCGUUUGACAACGUCCCCGAGAUAAUCCACCACUACUCCAGCCACAAGCUUCCCAUCCAGGGAGCAGAGCACAUGUCCCUGCUCUAUCCAGUCACCACGCAACCCUCCAGUUGCCUUGCAGCUGAGCAGUGACUUCUUGCGGAGGACGGGUGAGCGUUCGACAAGAGCAGAACAUUUUUGGAUUGCGGUUGCUUGCAUGGAUUGGAAGAGGAGGCAUCCAAGGUGAGGCUGGAAGGCACAGGCCACCCAAGUGGACCUCGGAACUGUUCCACCAUCAGCUCUGCAUCUGCAGGGGAAACCAGGCUUUUUGCAUGUUGGGAUUCCAGGCCCUCCUCGUUGGGUGCCAGUUAACUCUCUUGACAUCUUCAGGGCAGGCCCCCCAAAAUAGGAGAAAACCAGUUCUCAGGGAGGUGGACUUGGAAUGACAAAGCUGGGUGGCACCUCGAGUGCAAAGGAGUCUAACCCCCGGCACCAUUAUUCCCAUAUGACUCCUUUGGGGCCACUUCCAGCAGGCCUAUUGGCCACAUGUUGCCUGCGCAUCGCAGAUUGAGCAUUCAUAUCAUUCAACGUCACAUGAAGCAUGGUACUGUUCUAUGGAGAUAGCUUUCCUGUUUUGACUGAGAGUUGUAAAGGGACGAGAAAUCAAGAGAGGGAGCGUGCAAAUGGGCCAACCAGCCACCAACCUCCUCUUGGUUUCACAACUCGCUGACCCCUGGCUCUCUAUUUUGACCUCUAUCUGCGGCAGCUUCAAAGCUGGUCGUUUCCUGUGAGCAGACGAAACAUGGGAUUUCCGACUGGUUGCUGUUCAAUAGGAUCUGCCUUUCCCCCAAAUGGAGUUGGCUCCAAUGUCUCUCCUGAUCCUACUUCAUCUGUCUACUUCAUCCUCUACUUCAUCUGUCAAAUCCAGGUCUCUGUCCUCAGUCAUGUGAGCAGCCAUCAUCUUCCAAAAGGCCCCAUCAGCCAGCCUCCAGGCAGAGAUUCAGUAGACUGAGAAGACAAAAAGAACGGAUGACAAGAAAGAUGGAGGAACUAGAGCUCGGUGCAAAGGCAUGCCGAAGGUCCCAGGGCUGAAUUUUGGGCAUCUCCAACUGAAAUGAUCAGAUGGGGCAAGGGACAGGGAAGUCCUGUGCUUGAGAUCCUGGAGAACCAUUACCACUUGUGGUAGACAGUGGCGUGGACCAAAAGGAAUGGCUAGUCUGACCUGGUACAAGGCAGCUUCUUAUGUCCCGACGGUGGGAGGACUUGCAUGUGUCAGAAUCCCUUGUAUAAUGAAUUUACCCAGGAUGCAUUGUGAAACCCUCAUUUGGUACUAGUCAGAUGGUCUUUUGUUUCUAGCUCCUUCAAAUAAAAAACAAAUGACAUGGCAUGCCUUGAUUGCUGCUGUCCUCUGUGCUGUCAACAGUGAACAGGGGCACUCAGAGCUUAUCUUUGCUCUCUCCCCCUGCCCCAGACUCCUCUAAUUUUUUUGUGCUUAAUUUGGUAGCCGCUGAGAAUGCCUGAAUGAUCUCUCUCAUGCACCAUGUAGUUCUUCUUGCUGAAAGCGUAGUGCUUAUUAUUUAACUUAUUCAGCAAAUUUCUGGAUUUAUGCAAAACUUCCAGAGGGGCAUAUCAUAACUAGAAAUUCUGUGAGGUCUUUAUUUUCAGCGUGUUGUUUGCUUUGCGGCCUUGUGGGUUACGUUGCUACCAACCUGCUGGACAUGUGGAUGGUGUGACUCUGGCUACACUCAUUUGGCAGCACAUCUUCACCCAGCAUCCCCGUUCCUUGGGCUUGGUAGUUCCACUGAGGCCUGCCUUCUCCUGUGCCUUUUAAAUCUACUUAGAGCCCGACAGGUGGUUGUUAUGCUUGCCCAUUGAGGGCUUCAGCACAUAUUAUGGUGCUACCAGCAAAUCACUCGCUCUCAUUGCAAACUCAGGAUUGUAUCAAAAAAAAAGGGAAGGAUAAACCGAACUCCCUGCAGAUGUUCUUUCUCUAGCUGAGUUGGCUUUCCCCAUGCCGCAUUGUUUUUCGGGACGGAAGGGUGCAAGUGACCCAUGUUCCUCUUUCCUGUGCCCCAAAACCAAAAUGGUCUUUCCUCUUGCCACUGCAGUCUCUGGGUGGGUGUUAUGUACUGAGCUGAAUCAUAGAACAAUAGGAUCCAGAAUCAGCAGUCUGAUUGGUCCGCAGGAGCCACCCAAUCCAACUCCAGGUGGAAGUGAAUCCGCAACCUGAUUGGCCUGCAGGAGCAGCCAAUCAGGCGGCUGGCAGAAGUGAAUCUGCAACCUGAUUGGCCCACAGUUGUAGCCCUGAAGUACCGUAGCCAAUCACGCAAAGCCCAUUGUGUAAAUAAUGUAUAUAAGCAGAUGGUUUUGGGAAAAGGGGAUUCUUCUUCUCUUCUUCUCCUUGAUGACUACGAGCUGAAUAAAGAGCAUGAAAUUCA